AUGAAGGGAAUUAUUUCAACAGGAAUCACGGAAGGAAAGGGUCGAGCUGGGGUAAUGAUUCCUAUCCCUGGAUAUAGCAUGUAUCAGGCGAGGCUACUGCAACACAACACACUCCGGGUAAUACCUAUUCGUGUCACUUGGCGUCGCUUCCCGCGCAGCAUGUUCAAGGCUUUCAAAUAUUAAAGAGCGGUGUUUGGGUUAAAUCGUACGCGGAGGAAACGAGGGGAGAGUGGAGCGAGAGCGAGGAAACUCUCCCUCUCUAGUCUCUCCUGUUUUUUUUUUUGUUUUCCUCGUCAAUUUUUCGACCGUGCUCUAUUAUCUGAAAGCCUAAAACAGGCUACUUCCCGCGAGAAGUGACACGCGUGUUGCGUCGUAUUUUUAGGAGUUGUUUUCACUAUCGUUCACGCAUUUUCCUCUACUUAACCUGCGUAGCUGGCGGUUUUGUCUGGGAGGGGCAGCGGAAAGGAGUGCGAGGAGAGUAGAGUGCUUGCUCACGCUUCGCUCGUGCUAUCGCAGCUUUACUCACCUGUUUACUUCGCUUUUCACGCUUGCUGACCAGUCUAACUAGGAAAGUAUUAGUAACUGUUAAGAAGAAAGAGACUUAAGACUCUAGAAGAUAGUUGUUAAUUUGAAUUAAUUGGCCGCAUCGCGAAAGUCUACUGCUGUAUUUUACAAGCAGAUUUUCAUUUUUAAGAACCCGUUGGCGCGUGCGAACCACCACUAGAAAAACAAAAUAUUACAAAACAAAAAACGCUUUGUGGUGUUCAAGCAAGUGAGCUUCUUCCCUGCCUGUACAAAAUUCAUCCAAGCUUGGCUGAUUUUCACUAGCCACGGUGACGGGCCGGUCGUAUUCAGAGUCGUAAACGGCUUCAUAGGCUUAAAGGGAGGAAUCGGAGUCCCAAGAAUCGGAACGUUUUUACCUUCCGACUCCGCCUCUUACAGUGUAGUGAAAACGAGAGGAAUAAACCAAUCGCACUACUCGGUCUCAAGCACUGUGGCAUGUUGUGAAAGAUUGAUCUGUCGCUUCUCCUUACAAGUGUGACAACCUGCGACGAAGUCGUAAGCGGAAUACGACUCUUUUUUCACUAGAUCAUAACGCUUUGCACUUCUAAUUAGGACUAGUGAAAACUGGAACAGCCUUAAGAGUUCCCAAAACUAUCCGUCAACCGGAGUAAAAUCUAAGAACUUGGUUCCAGUUUUGUUGCAGCAAGAAUUUAUUACUUCAAACUUCGGCAUUUUUCCUCAGAGACCCCUUGAGAAAAUUACGUUCUACUCAAUUUUUUAUUUAUUUUUCAUCCUGAAGAUAUUUUACCUUCUUGACGAAGACAACAACUGGAGUUUGAAUAUGUCUGAACUAAAGAAAGAGCUGGAUGGGGCAAGGCCGCACUGUUUACCAAGAGCUCUCGUGCUGAUAAAUCCAGGCAAUCCAACAGGUACAUUGAAUGUUUAUCGAUCUGUAAUUACCUGCAGUAAUAUUAAUGCAGAUGAUGAUGAUGAUGAUGGUAGCAAUGAUAAUAAAAUUUAUCUAUUUACUCUCGACAUUCUUUUAGCGCACAGGUUAUUGUGUUCGAGCUUUCUUUUCAAGGAGGGGACCCUUAUAAAAGGGUGUUCGUUAUACCAGGGUGUUGGCUAUACAGUAUGUGGUCCUUGGUCCGCGUGUAAAAGUCAUUAACUUGAAUAUCUUACCCAAAUCUUCAUGUAACGAGCUGAAAUACUUCCUGAAGAUAGCUUUUAUGUUCCUGUCUAUAAUCCUGAAGUUUCAAGUUCCAGACAUAAAUAUUUUGCUUGGAAUUCGAAAAAAAGCGACCGUUUUCGAUGGUCCUUGGUCCGCGAAUCUGGUCCUUGGUCCGCGUCUCAGGUAAGCAGCACGAUAAAAACGUAAAAAUGUUAUAGUCUCCAAACGAAAACGUGAUUUUGAGAGUAUUUCUUGUAUUUUUUUCUUUUCUUGAUGCAAUUAAGCUAAAGUUUUUUUUGGAAGAUGUUGUGAGCAUAAAAUAAUCUGCUCUUCUUUCAAAGACUUCAGACAACAGUCUCCUCGAGUCUCCCACACGAGCGUCGACGAGCGGUUUUUAGCGCGGUCGAAAAUAAUUACCAAAAACUCUGUAUGUACUCGAGGCAUUAAAAAAGAGAACUUGUAGACAUGUAUAGGGACGACUUUCAAAACAUUCUUCGAAAACAAAGGCCGUCGCUUUUUCCUUUGGGAAGUUUUAUUCAACCAAGGUCAUAGGACGCGGACCAAGGACCGCUAAGCGAAAUUUGGUGAUAUUUUUCAAGAGUCGCUAAAAGAAAAAAUUCAGAGUCUACAGCAAUAUGCUUCCAACAGCAGAAAUGGGUUGAUCUGAAAACCUGUUCUGCAAAAAGGCAAGUCUUCCCGUUGCGUUUUAGUUAUUCGUCGGCUAAGUAAACAUGACCACGUAAUUUACGGUGCCGCAAAUAUCCAAACUUCAAGAAAGACAAAUUAACCUACCUGUCAACAAACUUUAAUUUCGCGUCUUCACCCACAGCAAGAAGGCUGAAACUUCGUCAUAUGAAAGAAUGCUAAUCAGUAAAUCACGAUAUCUUUCAUUAUUCAACGUAUUUUUUUUCUUGACGAGAUAUUUUAUCAUUUUUCGAAAAGACGUCGACCAAGGGCAUCGGGGACUUGCGCGGACCAAGGACCACAUACUGUAUAGGCGUUCUGCCUAAUACCGGGAUGUUCAUUAUCUAGGCAGUCGUUAAAUUAGGGUGCCCGUCAUAUAGAGAUUCUACGACGUUAAACCGAGAUGUUCGUUAUAUCAGAGUUUAACUAUAAAAUGUAAACUUGUUCUGCUACCUUCGUUUAUCCAUUAACUUUAGUCACGUUUGCUUCUUGUUUAUUUAUAGGUCAGGUGUUGACGUAUGAAGACGUUCAAGAAGUAAUCAAGUUUUAUGCUCGUGAGAAGCUAGUUUUAUUCGCCGAUGAAGUUAACCAAGACAACGUGUACGCGGAGGGAGCCCAGUUUCACUCGUGCAAAAAAGUCCUUAGGGACCUGGGAGACGAGUAUAGCGGAUUUCAAUUGAUCUCUCUUCAUUCCAGUGCCAAAGGGUACACAGGCGAGUAAGUUGUGUGUGUGUGUUUUUGCUCUUGCUUGUUUGUUUUCGCGGCCACCUUCGGGUAGUAGACAAAAAUGAUUUAGUGCCAAUUUUGUAUCCUUGUUGGGCUCUGUUUGCCGGGCUUAUUUGAUUGCACAUACAUAACCAGAGACAAACCAUUAUUAACCCUUGCACUCCCAAUUACAAAUUACAAAUUUCCUUUUUUUAAAGUGCCUAGAAACAAUUAGUACCACAUGAAAGUAUAAACAACGAGGUUUCAUUUGAAUGGUCACAACAAAAGGAUUUGGUCCACAGACUCUAAAGUUAGUUAGAAGUUGAAUUCCUGACUUGACUCCAUCAUUCAUUCUGCGGGAAGUUAAAGGGUUAAGGGGUCACUUGUCAAAGUCCCGGAAAGACUUUUCUCUGAAUUACUGAUGAGAGUCGCAGUCCUCCUUUCCCUAGCAGUCCUUAUCAAGUUUUUUGUAUUUCCUUCAUCGCUAUUAAUUGUUCACUUUGCUACGAGGUAUUUUGCAUGUUCAUUAAAAACAUUAUUUUGUCUUUGGCUUGACAUUUCCUCUUUUUUUGGAAAAAAGAAGGCAGGAAACACUUUUUGGAUAUUAUGGUCUUGAGGUGGAUUCUUCAACUGUACUUAACGGUUAACGGUCGGUAAUCUCCAACCCAGAUCUCUUGUAGACGAAGUCGAAGAGAUCAACAAGAGGUCUGGUUACGAGACUAGUCAGUUGGCUGUUACCAAAGGUGACUGUUGACACAGGUUUGGUUGUAAUGUUCAGCUUUCUGGACUUGCGUAUCCCGCGGAAUGGUUCUUAUGCGCUAUCAUACGCUUCAGAUGAGCAAAUUUCACCACCGAGCCUCGUUUGUAAGCAAAAUUCUUCGCAUUUGCAUUCUUUCUGGGUGGGUCUUGGGAAACAAUUUAAAAGCAAAACUUCUCCACUUUUUCCAACUUGACAAUUCGUUUCCCGGAAAUCGGAAAUUCAAGUGCUCAGCCUAAGCAGCAAAUAUAGCCAACUGAUCAUGAAUGCCAAAACAAAUCUUUUGUAUUUUCUCACAAUAAGGCCUUUGCAGCUAGCUAUUCACGUGGUAAAAAACCGCUAUGCUGGGGAGUUAGGGAGGGGCGCUCUGGGACAAGACAAACAAACAGCUCACUUCAUUAAACUUGUAAUUUCCUAUGUUUGUCUUCUCCCAAUGCGUGUCUUGGGGUGUUUGCCAUUUUUAUGGACAAACCAUUCAGUUGGCGGUUUGGGCAUGCAAAUGGUAAGCAAAAUUCGGGGGUAGUACAUUUCGUCCCGGAAUUGCGUUCACCAUUUGCGUACAAAUCAGUUUCAUUUACCGAGAAACGGCGGCGAGAACAAAGGUGGCUUUGAAGAAAAGAAACACGACCGGAAAAACAGAAAAACUUUUUCAGACAUUCCGUUGCUCCUCGAAAUUUUCCACUGAAUUUCUUGAACAGUCGUCAGGUGAUCUUUCCAACUGUAUUUUUGUAAACGGUAAACAACCUUGCUCUCCAUCAUGGCGGUUUCGUACCAUGCCAAUGACAAGCCGCCAUGGGUCAAUAUUUCAUCUACCGCUUCUACUGGACUUUCUUCAUUGCUGUUCCUUGCAGAUGUGGGCUCAGAGCUGGCUAUAUAGAGCUCGUAGGAUUCAAUGAUCAACUCAGGUCUCGAGUUAAAACUUACCUGAGUGCAAGAAGUUGCCCUUCCACAAUAGGACAGGUACGAAUAAUGUAUGUCAUGUAGUGAAAUGGGAUAGAGGUCCCUAAUGAAAGGGCUGUCUCAACCCCUAGUCCACAAUUUCCAGUUUGAAUUCCUGGAAAGACUUCAGUUAAUACCUUUCGUUAGAGCGAAAGUAUCUUUGUGUCUCUACGAUGAUUUAUUAACAUCUCCCAAGUCCUAGACAAGCCUGGCUGCUUGUGUUUCUCUUUUCGUUAUACUGGCUUUGUGUUGUUUGUUCCUCUUGUUGAUUUGUUUUGUUCUAUGGUGCGGUCAGGGUAUUAGGCAGUUAAGCAAAAAAUUGCAAUAGUUCAGAUGUAAGUUCAUCAUACUUAGGGGUCUCUCACACUACGCGCAAAGAAUGGUGGGAUAGUGAAAGAUGGCUUUGCUCUCCUUUCUUACUCCCCCCAUAAAGCUUCGCGCUUCUCUUAUUUUCAGUCAUUCGCCUUGUGUCGCGCGAGUCUCGAAGCGCUUGCAGAAGAAGCUGUUAGUGCUUUAUUGUAAGGUACUCAGUCUGUAUUCAUUACGCUUGAUUUCUAACCCAAGGUAAUCAUGGGACUCACUUGCAACCCUCCCAAGCCUGGCGAUGAAUCAUAUGAAAAGUUUUCAAAGGUAUGCUCCUGACUGUAACUUAACGCAGAGAAACUCACGCGCCUCGCGUGAUCAUAAUCAGUGCUACUUUAUCGCUCGUGUAAUUUUUUAAAGGGGCUCUGUCACGGCUGACUAGUUUAUAUGGUUGAUAAUGGCAGUAACGAGUCAUUAUUCGCUAUGGAACUUGAGAACUUAGUUCUUAGUUGUGAAUGACAAAAUCAAUAGCGUUGUAUUAUCCUUUUUUUUUUCAGCUUGUCUCUAUUGCUCAGGCUGCAACUCGUUCCAGGUUUUAACGAAAAUGUAACAAUUUGAACAGUAGCUUUUCACGAUACAGAUCAAUGCAGUGAAUAAUACAAUAUAUACUUAGUCAGGUGACGCCUCUAAUGCAUGCCUGCCUGCCAUGGGAUAGCCGAUUUAACAAAUAAAGCUUGUUUCUCUUACCCUGGGUACCAGAGGUUUUUCUCGCGGGGGAGGUAUCCUUUGGCCCGCGGGCCGAAGUCACUAGUGGCGAUAAAAAUUUGAAAAACCGGAAGCCGUGGCAAGCAGGAUAGGUUUCUAUUGAUUCUUUUGCCCAAACAAAACGUCAGGUUCGAGUCUUACGCAAGCAAAGUUUGCCUAGUACUGAAGUCGCUAAGGGACUAGGUGGAGUAAACAAAAAUGUCUACUUGCUCCUGGAACAUUCGGCAAUCUUCUUAUAAAUGAAUAGAAAAUGAUCUUUAAUUACCACGCACUAGGGAAAUCUAGAGAUGAUUACCUCCAGUAUUCCUAUAUCUUGCCUAAGCAUUAUUUUGUGUCUUAUCUGUUUUACAGGAAGUAACAUCCAUCAAGGAUUCUUACAGGAAGAAAGCAAAGAUGACAACGGAGGUUCUUAACUCAAUGGAAAAUGUUAAGUGUAACGAGGUGGCAGGUGCAAUGUAUGCGUUUCCGAGGAUAACACUUCCAAAGAAAGCUAUCGAGGCAGCCAAGGUAUCAUGUCCUGUUUCCGGCCCUGAUUUCUAGUGCCACACUGCAGAAUACUGUCAGUAAUGGAUAUCCCAGGUGUACGGUAAUCCAGAUUCCGGAACCCGGGAAUUUUUUCUUCUAGACUGAUCCGGAAUCAGUUCAGGGGUUUGAAAUUCGGAUUUCAGACGCGGUUGUUCAUAAGAUGCAUAGCUCUAUCCACCGGAUAAAUUCACUAUCCAGUGGAUAGGUAUGAGCGAAACCAAUUGCACUAUCCACUGGAUAGGGAUUUAUCCGGUGGAUGGCGUUAUGCAGCUUUUGAACAGCUGGGGCCUGCUCUAUGUAUGAAGCCCGGAAUCUCGCUAACGAUUGGAAUCUGGAAUCCACGUUUCAUGGACAAGGAAUACUGAAUCCAGUACCCGCCAUCCUGGAUCUACAGCAUAAAAUCCGGAAUCCACAACGUGCGAUCCAGAAGCCAAGAUUCUCGUUGAUGCACCUUAUAUUAGAGGAAUGGCAACCCGUUUCCCCCCGUGUCAGUUUUCAUAAAAGGCGUUCUUCGGUUAGAAAAAGCGAUAAGGGCGCUAUCAUGGGCUCCCAUCUUAUUCAAGCUGCUGAAAAUGUCCCGCGAAAAUUAAAUUUUUACUUUCUCAACUUUCCUUAUUGCAUUCCUAAAUUCCAUAUGUCGUGUCGAUCUAGUAACAACUCCCAGUAAAGGCUUCAUCGAGGGAUUCAUUGAAAUAAAGAUAUUCCUCUCACAAGGGAAGUAUGUAUGUGAUCUGUUUGGUGAGGGAAGUGUCAGGAUUUUGGGUGGACAAAAGUAAAUUUGUGUAGAUAUUUUUUUAGUUUACUAAGUUGUUGGUAUUGUCAUUGUUAUUUAGGCCAAGGAAAUGCCACCAGACGAGUUUUACUGUUGGCAGGCGCUGGAGAAAACUGGAAUUUACAUGAUUCCUGGCCACGUUUUUGAUAUGAAAGGCAGCGGUAAUAACAACUUUUACUACAGGUAAGAUUUGAAUUAACAAGGGUCAUCAACUUCAGGUCGGAAUUUUUAUGAUUUUAAAAACCUCUCUGUGAUGUCAUUUGCGCCCUUGGGUCACAAGGUUUUCACAGGCUUGUCUAAUAUAUUUAGUUUGAUUAGAUUGACUGCACCUUUAAAUUUGAAAAGACCCCUCUUUCCCCCCAACCCCGAAAAAUUCUGCCUUUGUACCACAGGAACACCAAAUUAGGAUGCGUUUUGACGAACGCGAUAAGGGUAUACACAGGUCGGCCCAUAGCCGGGGUGAUUGGGGCUUAGUGGAGGUCCUGCAACUGGAAUAAAGUUGGUGUUUACAAAUAGAAGGGCUCACAACCGGGAUUAUACGGUACGGACCAGAGCAUAAACUUACUUGGGAAAAGGCGUCCUAAAAGCGAUUUGUCCGUAAAAGCGACGUUCUGUCAGCGUGUGAAAGUCUGAGUUUCAUCUCCACAUUAUGGCUUAAAAUAAUCCAAAAAGUUUUGAUUUUUCAAAGCCACUAUCCAUACGAAGGAAAUAACUUAAAACGGUUUCAUGUUUUAAUCUUUCUUGGUAGGAUCACUAUUCUUCCUUCUAAAGAGACGUUUGCUCCAAUGUUUGAGCGACUACGAAUCUUUCACCAAGAAUUCAUGGCGCAGUUUAAGGACACGAACUGA